AUGGUGCUUCUUAUUGUAACCAUCACACUAGGAAAUGUUGUGAGCCUCCUUGUCUUUCUGAGGACCAAACAGCAUAGGACAUCCCAGGGCUUUUUGAAAACUUCUUUAGCGCUGGCAGACUUGCCUGUAGGACUUCUGGUGGUGCCUUACUCUGUGUACAGGGAAGCCAGACAUAUUGUCUAUGGGCUAGAAAACUAUGGAGAAGAAACUCCUUCAGAUCUCAUCUCUAUUAUCCCCUGCUUCAUCAUGGGACCCCUCUUUGCUGGCUGCACUUUUGUCUCUAUUUCCACUAUUUUUUUGCUGUCAGUAGAAAGGAGCAUUGCUGUGCUAAGACCUCUUCAUAAGAAGGUGGUGAUUACCAGGAAGAGAACUGGAUAUCUCAUUAUCAUAUCCUGGUUUAUCAGCUUUUUAUUAGCCAUGAUGCCCUUGCUUUUCAGUAGGGACAUAACACUGGAAUACAAUUUCUGCAGCAAAAUGUGCAACUAUGCUUUCACCAGUAAUCAGCCCCAGGGCUCCAGAUGGAACAUCAUGCUCCUCUUUCCAGUCUUUGACUUUUCCCUCUUGGGUAGCACCUUUAUCAUCAAUUUCAUUACAUUUGCAGCAAUUAGGCAGUACUGUAAGUUGAGGAAACAGCUGGAGAUGGAUGCUCAGAGCACCUGUAGCAAAGUGUCAUUUUCGGACAUCACUGCAGCCAAAACAAUUGGAAUCCUCACAUUUGCCUUCUCUGCUUCCUUUGGCCCCAUUGCAGUGUUUGUAGUGGGCAAUGUCCUUGGUUAUAGCUGGUGUGAGUUUUCCUUUUAUGCGUUUUGGAUCCUGACUUCCAACAGUUGUUGGAAUGUGAUCAUUUACAGUGCCAGGGAUAUACGAUUCAGACAAGGUGUUCGAGAGCUGUUCAGCAAAAGGGUGUUAAAGUCUCCAAGCCAGCAGCAGAGACCCACAUUUCCUCCUAAAGAGGACAGUUCUUCCCAAUGUGUGGCUGUUCUCAAGGAGAUAUUUCGUCCAGAAACUGCCUGA